AUGAAACUGGUUCAGCUUAACGGGAACCGUAGUGGAUCUACUAUGGAUCGAGGAGUGCCUCUUUUUAAUCCUUCUGACAUCUUAUGGAGGUAUCCUAUGUAUCCACAACAUGGACCAUACCCUUUUCUAGAUUUCAAGACGCAUCUUCCAAGCUCUUUAGCAAGUGACCCCAGGUUAUGGACCAGAGAAGAUGUUAUGUCAUUUCUUCGAUGGUGUGAAUAUGAAUUUGACUUGCCACGAUUCGAUAUGGACUUCUUUCAAAUGAAUGGUAAAGCACUGUGUCUGCUUACGAAGUCCGAUUUGAAUGAAAGAAGUCCUGGCUGUGGUGAUGUUCUUCAUAAUGUGUUGCACAUGCUAAUGCAGGGGAGGGUUCCAUCUUCUCCUAUUACUCCACAUUUUCCUCUGACUCCCACUUGGACAGUAUCACCAGCCAUAGACUUCCCCCCAGCACAAAAUUCAGUCACACUUAGUCCAGCACCCUCUUUAGACAGCCAAGGUUCACCUAGACAACCAGAUCAGAAUACUACAGCUGUGAACAAUUCAUAUAAUUCCACUUAUCACCAAUCUGGAGGUCAGAGUGGUAGCUCUGGAAGCACAUUGUCUGAUUCUGAAGAAGAACCUAACAGCCCUACUGUACUACAAAAUUCACUUUCCAGUCCUCAACCACAAUCUCCACUGAAUGUCAAACCACAAGUAUUUUUUCCUUCAGACAAUAUCUCAGAACCUAAUACUAAUGGACGAUUGCUUUGGGAUUUUCUCCAACAACUUCUUAAUGAUUCUUUACAACGAUACACUUCUUAUAUUGCUUGGAAAAACAGAGAAGCUGGAGUUUUUAAAAUAGUUGACCCUCCAGGACUUGCGAAAUUAUGGGGAAUCCAGAAAAAUCACUUAUCAAUGAACUAUGAUAAAAUGUCUCGUGCUUUAAGAUAUUAUUACAGAGUUAAUAUUUUACGUAAAGUUCAAGGGGAGAGGCAUUGCUACCAGUUUUUGCGAAAUCCUAGUGAGUUGAAAAACAUUAAACAUAUAUCAUUACUAAAACACCAAAUGGUUGGCCAUCAGGCCCAGCAACAUCAAUCUAUGCAGUUCCCUCAGUCACUUCCCCAAGUGCAAACAACACAACAGGUACAACAACCUCAGCAACCACAACAAUCUCAGCAGCAACAGCAUUUACAACCACCACAAACACAAAUCUCUUGUUUAAAGAACGAGUGUGAGGAAGAACCAACUGAUCUCAGUACUCAUGCUCAUUGUAAUGGGAACAUGGCAGAACUCCAACUUCGAGUACAAGGAGAUGAAUAUCAACAAACAGUUCAAGCUGAAGACCUUAGUCUUCCUCAUACACAAUCAAUAAAAACUGAAGUGUCAUAA